CUCUGAGCUCGAGCGAGGUGCAUUUACACUGAGGGGGAGCACGCAGCCGCUGCGCUCGCGGAUUGAAGUUUUAACUUUAACCUCCCUCGUCUCCAUUUAUCGGCUGGUUGACCAUGUUCAGCGGAGAAGAAAGAGGAGAAGUGAAAUAAAAGAGGCGGACUGGAUGUGACUGAAUCAUUCUCUUCCUCUGAGAAUGAUUUACUAGCAGGGAGCGCGCUCCUCCGGGCUGUGCUGGAUUUAUGGUUGACCUGAGAACCUCUAGCAUUGGCGCUGUAUUUUGCUUCUGUUGAAUUCAUAACUCAAAAAGCAUGAAGAUGGAGAUGAAGAGCCACAUGUCCGUGUUAUGGAUGCUGUUGUGUUUGCUCCUGCGGCAGUCUAUGACACAAAACCCCGCACCUGAAGGAGUGCUGAACUGCUGUGAGGGUGACGUCCUUUUCCUCCUGGACUCUUCUGGCAGUGUCUCCUCUUACGAGCACUCCCGCAUGCUCGCCUUCCUGUCAGAGCUUCUCCUCCCUUUCUCUCUGGGGGAGGACCAGGUGAGGGUGGGACUCCUGCAGGUGGGCACCAAUCCACGCCUUGAGUUUGGCUUCGACGCCCAUACCACCCAGAGUGGCCUCCAGGGGGCUCUGAAGAACACCAAACCUCUGAGGGGGGACACCAACACAGUGGAGGCCCUGAAGAUGGCGAAGGAGUGGGUGCUGAGACCCGGAGCCGCAAACGGAGCCCAGGUGGGGCUGCCAAGGGUGCUGGUGUGGUUAACCGAUGGAGUGAAACCAGGGGAUGUGAUUGGACCAAUGGAAGAGCUGAAAGAGGAGGGUGUGGCCGUGUUGGUGGUCUCCACCGGGCAUGGGAACUAUCUGGUGUUGAGCGAAGUGGCGACCCCGCCUCUGGAGGAGCAUCUGUACUUUGUGGACAUUGAUGAUAUGAAUAUCAUCACAGAGGACCUGAGGAACGCCAUCAUUGAGAUCAUCCGAGCUGAGCGAAUCACCGUCCGUGACGUCUCCACCAACACCGCUACACUCCAGUGGCGGCCCGUUCUGUCUGGUUUGAACGGCUUCUACGAGAUCCGCUUCGGUCAGCUUCCCACAGGUGGAACGGGAGUCGGUGGAACAGGUGGAACUGGGACCAGUCCGAGUACCAGUGGCAGUCAGUACGAGAGAUUAACCCAGCCGGCAGACUCGAGCACAGCCACGCUAACAGGCCUGAAGCCUGACACCACCUAUACUGCCACACUGACACCGGAGUCCAAUGAACAAGCGUUCAACACGCUCUCUGUCACUUUUACAACAAAGCCAGAGGUCCUGAGCCCGGCUACAAUAUCGAUUUCUGACUCUGGUCCAAACAGCGUCCGGGUCAGUUGGGGUCCCGUUCAGCCCGACAAGGUCACAAGCUACUACAUUGAGUACUCACCCCUGCCGACGGGAAAGCUCAAUGCUGUCACGGUGGGACGGACACAAAACUCCACGCUCCUCAGAGAUCUUCAGCCUGAUACCACUUACCUGGUCACCGUUACUGCUCGGCACGCUUCAGGCAAAGAGAAAGCGAUGUCUGUCAAAGUGUGUACACAGGAAGUGACUCCCGCCCUGGCAGACCUGCAGCUCACUACAGUGGGGAGUGACUCGGUGCAGGUGGAGUGGAAGGGCAGUGCAGAUGGUCUGAGGGGCUACUGGCUCACCUGGGAGGGGCAGGAGAACUCAAUACCUGGCCAGCGUUCCUCCUUCUAUUUGCCACCUGACUCUCUGUCGACACGCCUCACACACCUUCCCCCCUCAGCGAGGGUCUGCGUGUCACCCAUUUACCGGACGGCGCGGGGAGACGGGCUGUGUUGUACAGCACAGUUUCAUUCAGAUGCAUUAGCAUACGGCUACCGAUCAUAGCACCCCUGGACUACGAGCGCACCUUACCAAACAUGGAGGGAUGAUUGGCGAGAAGAACGCUGACUUUCAUCCAUAAUUCUUUUCCCUGCCUCUCCCCUCUGUGGACAUCCUCCAGGAGGGCUGUGUGGUUUGGCUCACUGAGCACUCAUGUGGAAGCCAUAGACACUUAAUCGUGGUCUGGGACAAUAUGGCCACAUGUUGACUGCUACAAUCUGCAACACAGAGGACUAUUAACUUUCCUGUUUGUGCAUCACAUCUGGUUAACACCUGCAGUAAAUGUAUAUCGCUUCAGUUAAAGAUGCAAACGUCACAUAUUUCUGGGGUCUGUUUUGCAGUUACAGAGCAGGGCAUGCUGGGAAUGUUGAAUAUCUUAUGUGGCUUGUUUUUGGAGAAAGGCUUUCCUCCAUAUGUGGGCCUGAAGCCCAACUCUGUACAUUUUUCAACUCCUGCUAACACUCAGAGAACAUCUGAUUUACAUUUAUAAUGAAUGGUUAUGACUUGUACUUAAAAGACUUAUUUUUAGCACAUGCCUGAUGCCUGCAUGUGGACACUGGAGCGCCACAUUAGAGCGUUAACAUCCCUAAUAACAGGAUUUUUAAGGAUCACUUUGAACUUUUGUAAAAUUACAAAAAGACAUGCCCUGAAACGACAGAGAUGCUGCAUCUUUUACAGAUGGGUUUUAUUGCGAGAAGGCCUCUUUAUAAGUCUGUCAUUUAUAUUUAUUACUCUGUAAUCAUGUGAGUAUAAGAACUAAUAGCAUUCAUACUGUAUUUACAGACAUACUGUUUACAUUUUAAGACUGUUACCUUUGUCAAGCCGGUCUUUGCUGCCCUCUACUGAAAGAUCUUUACUGUUGACUGUUAUUUUCUUCCAAAGAAGAUGGAAGGUUUUAUGAUUGUUCUCCACUGUUGAAACUUAAUGUUAGCUUGCAAUAAAGUCCUUUAAUAAUU